AUGAACCCGCAGCACUUGGCGCAAGCCAUCGGUGUGGCCGACGCUCGGCGCGAGGCUUGGCUAGCCGCGAUCACGUACCCGGGACGCGUCUAUGGGCGCAGUCACGAGGAGGAGUACGCGGCCUCGCUCGAGAAGGCAGCCACCUUGCUCUCGUUCUUCCGGGCGCACGAGAUCGUCGACGUCGACGACCAAGAAGCGCUGAGCGAAGCGCUCGGUUGCGUGCUGCCUCUCGACAUGCACCGCAAGAUGUUUCUGCCCGCGCUGCAGCUGUCCAUGAGUGAUACGCAGUGGGCGCUCUGGCAGGAGAGAUUGCGAUCGAUGCCUCUCCUCGGCGCAUACGCGCAGACCGAAUUGGGCCAUGGCUCCAACAUCCGAGCGCUAGAAACCACCGCCACAUACGAUCCGGUCACAGAGGCUUUUGAUUUGCACUCACCGACGCUCACGAGCCGCAAGUGGUGGCCCGGCGGCUUGGGAAAGACCGCCAACUUUGCCGUCGUGUACGCUCGCCUCCUAGUUUGCGAUGGCACCGACCACGGCGUGCACGCCUUCUUGGUGCAACUACGCGAUCUCGAGUCGCAUGCCUCACUGCCAGGUGUGCACCUCGGUGACAUUGGCGCCAAAAUUGGCUUCAACGGCGUCGACAACGGAUAUUGCUACUUUGAGCACGUCCGUGUUCCCAAGGCGCAGCUCCUCCUCGGGACAGCACGCGUUGAGUGGGGUCCGCAGGGCCAACUGCGUCGACGAGCCGGCGCGGCAGCUCCUUGGGGCUACUUUACGAUGGUGAAAACGCGCGUCUUUCUCGUCUCCAAGUGCGCUCGGUUCCUCGGCCGCGCACUCGCGCUCACGCUCCCAGACUUGCAGUCGCGCGCUGUGGAGGCCCGACGAACGCUGUACCCCGCGAUGGGUCUCGCGCUCGCCGCAAUCUUUGCGGGCCAAACGCUCUACGCGCUCUAUACCCAAGUGCUCGCGGCCCGCGAUACGCACAAGCUGCACACGUUGCAUGCGACGUCAAGCGGGCUCAAGGCGCUCGUCUCGACCCGAGUCGUCGACGGUCUCCAAGCUUGCAUCGUGGCAGGCGGCUACGACGCGAGUCACGCCGUGGUGUACCUCAAGAACGAAAUUGUCGGCUCGUGCACGUACGAAGGAACGUUUGACGUGCUUGUGCUGCAGCAUGGUGCGUACUUGCGCAAGCAACUGCGGACCGAGCCUCUGCCGCUGGCACGUGUGGAUAUCACAGUGGUGCCCGACCUCCUUGUGCUCUUCUCGCACCGACUACACGCGCUGCAGUUUGACGCAAUAUCAAGAGACAGUGCGUACAAGAUGACGCGGCUCUCGCUCGCCGCCUCCGAGCUCUACCUUCUCCAAGCCUUUGCCGACCGGCUGCGCACAGUGUACGUACGGUAUGUGGCACGCAGCCUCUGA